AAGGCGCACGUAACGUCCCAUUCAGGCGGUUUUUUCAAAAUGGAGCCCCGCAAGGAGGGGGUGUCUCCCCGGCCCCCGUAGCGGGGAGGGAGAGGCCUGUGGAUCGGCGGCGCCCCGCGCGGGGAGGCUUGGAUUAAUGCGAGCGUGAGGAGAAAAACAAUAAAAGGGCCGCCGCCAUGGCGACCUGCAUCGGCGAGAAGAUUGAGGAUUUCAAGGUGGGGAACCUGCUGGGUAAGGGCUCCUUUGCAGGAGUCUAUAGAGCGGUAUCCCUGAAAACAGGCCUGGAGGUGGCCAUCAAAAUGAUUGAUAAAAAGGCAAUGCACAAAGUUGGAAUGGUACAGAGAGUUCAAAAUGAAGUAAAGAUACAUUGUCAGUUAAAACAUCCCUCUAUACUUGAGUUGUACAAUUACUUUGAAGAUAGUAACUAUGUGUACCUCAUAUUAGAAAUGUGCCAUAAUGGAGAAUUGAGCAGAUAUUUAAAGAACAGAAAGAAGCCUUUCUCUGAAGAAGAAGUUCGGCAUUUCAUGCAUCAGAUUAUUACAGGAAUGUUGUAUCUUCAUUCCCAUGGAAUAUUGCAUCGAGACCUCACACUCUCUAAUCUGUUACUCACCAACAAUAUGAAUAUCAAGAUUGCCGACUUUGGACUUGCAACCCAAUUGAAUAUGCCACAUGAAAAACAUUACACAAUGUGUGGGACUCCUAAUUACAUUUCUCCAGAAAUAGCAACAAGAAGUGCACAUGGCCUUGAGUCCGAUGUCUGGUCUUUAGGCUGUAUGUUUUAUACUCUCCUGGUUGGGAAACCACCUUUUGAUACGGAUACAGUAAAGAACACCUUGAACAAAGUGGUGUUAGCAGACUAUGAAAUGCCAGUAUUUUUAUCCAGUGAAGCUCAAGAUCUUAUUCACAAAUUACUUCGCAAAAACCCAGUAGAUCGUUUAAGCCUUUCAUCUGUGUUGGAUCAUCCUUUUAUGUUAAAGUGCAGCUCAGGAAGAAGUAAAGACCUGGGAAAUGUAGAAGACUCAAUGGACAGUGGAAAUGCCACAAUUUCUACAGCUUUUACUUCCUCCCCCAGUGUCAGCACAAGUGGCUGUUUAAAGGAAAAGAAAAGACUUUUAGUGGGGCAGCCACUUCCCAACAAAAUGACAAUUCUUCCUAAAAAUAAGAAUUCUAGUGAUGUCUCAUCUGGUUGUGAAAGUACAUCUCAUAGUAACUGGGGAGUUCCUGCAAAAGAAAUUGCUACUGGUAGGGGAAGAGCAAUGCAUCUGAUGGAGGAAAGACCACAUUCACGCUACCUCAGGAGGGCACACUCCUCUGACAGAUCAGGCACAAACUACAGUCGAGGGGAAGCACAUCAUGUGGAAAGAUGCCAUUCUCUGGAGGUCCUUUCAAAAGCCAGAGGAGGGCCAAUAGAAAACAUGAAGGAUUUCUCACCUGCAAAUAGUCAUGGUGACAUUCCUUCCAUAUUUAAAGAAAAACUCCCUACUAGUUCUGGCUCGAUGGAAAAAGAACUUUCUCCACCUGUAAAGGAUCAAAUUCGUUCAAAUUAUCUCUGCCCAAUGAAACCCAGUGUUGGUUUAUUAGGGAUGAAGUCCCAAACUGAAACAAUGGAGCAGUGGCUUGGAAAUAUGCAACUGAAUGCUCAGAUUUCGGAAUCUUCAUAUAACACAAAUGGAAAUUUUCAGUUCCAUCUUAAUGUGCCUCAAGAUACACUGAAAAAUACAUGGAAUGGCUUAAAAGGGAAAAGGCCUCCUGGGUAUACACAGUCAACGGUGACGCCAGGGGGACCACUGGACACAAAAAAAUACACUGUUGGACUUCUAUGUGAAGGUGAAACGGCUCUGCCAUCAUCCGCAUUUGAUCACCACCUUGUGUCAGAAAUUGCAAACAGGGCCAAAGAGCCACAAUAUGGACACCCAAAACCUACUCUGCGAAGUAUUGUAUCUCCCCUGAGUGCUCACAGAUUAAAACCAAUCAGGCAGAAAACAAAAAAUGCUGUGGUGAGUAUUCUAGAUACAGGAGAAGUUUGCAUGGAAUUUCUGAAAGAAUAUAAUUUGCAGGAGUUUGUAAAAGAAGUUCUGAGGAUUUCUUGUGAGGGAAGUGUGAUCACUGUUUACCACCCAAAUGAAGGUAGAGGCAUUCCUCUUAAUGAUAGACCACCACUACCUCCUAAAGACAUCAGCGUAUAUACAUUUGACAACUUGCCAGAGAAGUACUGGAAGAAGUAUCAGUAUGCUGCCAAAUUUGUGCAGUUGGUAAGAUCCAAAACUCCCAAAGUUACUUUCUAUACAAGAUACGCCAAAUGUAUGUUGAUGGAAAAUUCUCCCCCUGCAGAUGUGGAAAUAUGCUUUUAUGAUGGAGCAAAAAUCCAUAAGACAGCAGGUAUAAUUCGAGUCAUAGAAAAAUCUGGCAAAGCCUACACAAUAAAGGAAGAAAAUGAAGUGGGAUUACAGAAGGAUAUGCAGAUAUAUGUGGAUCAUGCAAAUGAGGGGCAUCGCAUUUGCCUUGCACUGGAAUCUGCCAUUUUGGCAGAAGAAAAGAGUGAAAGUGUUCUAUUUUUCCCCAUUAUUGUUGGAAGGAAACCAGGAAACCCUGAGUCUCCAAAGGCUUUGGUAUCACCACCUCCUUUACAAGAUACAUGUUCGGUGGUGCAAACAACCUCCAUGAAGAGAGGUCCUGCUGCCAGAUCAGACUCUUCAAGUGAGGUAUCCAGCAUUCAUCCACCUAUGUCUUCAUAUGGAGGUUCUGCAUUCACAGCAGAUGUGACUGAAUCAAAGAGCUCAACUGGACUCCCAAAUGAGCGUACUGGAAAUUCACCUCAACUAUUGAAGUCGAUCUUUGUCAAGAAUGUUGGCUGGGCUUCUCAGCUAACUAGUGGAGCUGUAUGGGUUCAAUUCAAUGACGGAUCCCAGUUGGUAGCUCAGGCUGGCAUUUCAUCCAUCACAUACACAUCUCCAGCAGGUGACACAGUCAAGUAUGGUGAAAAUGAGAAAUUGCCAGAGUACAUCAAAGAGAAAUUGCAUUGUUUAUCUUCCAUUCUGGUGAUGUUUGCCAAUCCAGUUGGCCCUCACUGACAUUGUUUUGAUACAGAGCCUUUUUGGAAAGGUUAAUAGGAAAUACAGUGAAAAAUGAAAGAAGCAGAGCUUAUUCAACAUAGUUCUUCCAUCUUGGCUGGAGUUACAUGUGAUGGAGUUGGGUGUGUGAGGGUUAGGUUUUAAAAGCAUCAACUUUUGGUAAUAUUGUUUUAUAAAAGAUUGCAGGAAAUUGCUGUGACUAAGCAAUCUCAUUUCUAAUGCAGUGUGUCUGAACUGUAUAUAUGUGUGUGUUUUCCACUUGUCUUACAACUGUGCCUGUAAAUAACUUAUAUUUUACUUUUGGCUUGUAUGUAAAAUGUAUUGUUUUAUAAUUGUUUUAUAUUUUCAUAACUUUUUCUAAUGAAAUAUCCCUGCAAACGCUUAAAAAAUAAAUGCAGUGGUAACUGUUUA